AUGUGGGCACUCUUCCUCCUCCCGCUAUGCCUCGCUCUCGAGUCGAACUGGCCAGACUUGUCGCCCAGAGCCGACCAGGCCAUGAGGGCUGAAAGAGACAUCUCCCUGGACAUUCCUAUAGAUCAACAUACACCGUUUGGCAUCUCGGCCAAUAGGGUGAUAUUUGAUGUUCAGGGGUACAAUACGGGCGCUUUGUCGACCUUACAAACAGCUCUAAACGUGGGCAUCAACUCGAUCAUGCUAGAUAUGUACUGGAACGAGUAUACGGGGCGCUGGCAGCUCUGUCCUGCUCCUAUUCCAGAGGAUGCCACGACCAACCGGUCAGAAACGGUGAAUGUGUCGUGGAAGGGCAAGCAGUAUAAGUGCCAGCCUGGGUUUAGCGAUAUGGACGUUUAUGUGGCGCUACGAGACUACCUAAGACUGUCCAAUAUUGAAAGCCGUGCUAAUGUGGUUCAGAUGAUCUUGAACUUGAAGCUGAUCCAUAACGAUACGGUCGUGGUGCCUAGGAACACUACAAACUCUACGGUUAGUGAUCUGGAAGAUUCUGUGUCUACGGGAACGACCCUUCAGCUGCCGCAAUAUAUGGAAAUCGGAAACGCUUCCUUGUCGAGCCUGCUCUCCGUGCUAGGGUCGUUUAUUUUCACUCCAGCAGAGUUGGGAAUGACCAGCCCGCUUAAUAAUACCAUUACUUACGAUGACGACUUCCCUACACAGAAAGAUUUCUUAUACAGCUUGUAUAAGCGGACGUUUGCAACUGCCAUUACGCCUGAGUUUGUUAAUACCACCAAGAGCUAUAACAUCACGGCCCUUGACGCCAACCUUAUUUAUUUUUACGACCUUUUCAACUUCACGCUUGAGGAAACCAGUGAAGGCGUGCUAGAUGCGUGUCUGAGACGACGGAAUGGCGAGUAUAACACUAAUUUUUACACUGAUAGAGUGCUGUUGUCGAAGUUUCGGACCCUUAUAGACCACGACGGGUCAGCUUUUACUCCAGAAAAGGCUCACAAGGCACUUCAAUGUGGGUAUAUGCCUAUUCUUAAUGCUACCAAGUAUCCUAUCAACAACAGAACUAAUCUUACUGGCGAGUAUCCAGGACGUGUGAUCAACGACUACAUUCCAUAUGCGUGUUGGUCAUGGGCGCCUUUUGAGCCAGAUAGCACAUUCACAAACGAUACGAGAGCUGCUCUUGAAGCACUGGAUUUACAGCCUCGUGCUGAUGGUGAUGACAACGAGGACCUGAACCAGCUAGGUGCUGACGAUGACCCUGAAUGGCAAGAAACAGCACUUUCUCAGGUUGCUGAAAAAUGUGUAGUCAUGAAACAUACGGGCUGGGCAGUGGAGAACUGUUACAACAAGUACCGUUUGGCGUGCAAGCAUACCAGAAACCCGUUUGACUGGAAGCUUUCCGAUGAGAUUGCUCUGUACUUCAGUACCAACACUCCAGAAUGCCCUAAGAACUAUAAGUUUGGUAUUCCACAUCUGAGCACUGAGCAGCUUGCCCUUCAAAACUUCCUCAAUGCUUCGCAAGUUCCUCGUCCAGUAUGGAUUGACAUGAACGAUAUCACUAUUCUGGGUUGUUUUGUGGAUGGAGGACCGUAUGCUGAGUGUCCGUAUAAAAGGGCUGUUUCGACAGGUAACUUGAUUCGACUGGUUGCGCCUUCGGCUGUGGUGGCUGUGGUGAUUCUCAUAUUGAUCUUUUUUGAACGUUUCUUCCUUCUGACGCCUGUUCACACGAAUAGACGUCGUCACUGGAAGAGAACCAUAAACCAGCACUACAAGAAGAAUGACUACGAGGGUGUUCCAUCGUAG